AUGAUACCGCCUGUUGCUCCUGGGCAAACAGAAGAAAAACAAAAUAUGGUUGGAUGGAAAAAUACUUUCAACAUGCGCCAGAUAAGUCUCAUGAACUUGGCAGCCAGUCAACUGGGGGUGAAAAAUGGUGCAAAAUCUGUUAUUCCUGCUUACAGAAGAGCAUUCAGUAUAACCAGUCCUUCAAAGUCCUUGGACAUUCUCCGCAAGAACCUUCAAAACGCCAUCAACAAAGAUAUUGAUACUGUUUUGAAAAAAUACAUAGAUAAAUUCUUUCAACCAGCUAUCAACAACAUAAAAAAUAAUGUGGGAAAGGAUAGUGUGCGUGAAGAUCAUGUGAAAGAAGUGUGUAAGCAGAUGUUAGAAGAGGCAAAAUUGAUGUACAAAGUCAGUCCCAGCUCCAGAGAUAGCUCACCAUAUGAAUACUGUCACAGUGAAGCUGAAUCAGAAGCUAGUUUGACCGAUGGAAGACUUGGAAGAUUGAGCCCCGUCAACUACUACAAACGUAAAGAAUCCGACACAGAGUCGGAAUCUGCCAUGACUCAUAUAGCCCCGUUGGCCAAACGGCAUCGGAACAAAACCCACCAUUCCACGGACUACAGCAGCUGCAAGUUGUCUCUGAAGAGGGAUGGGCCCAAAUGGAACCCGGACCGAUUGAAGAGCAACACCCUGUUCAUCAUGGGGGCUCGAGCGAAUAAGGUCCUCGGAUAUGGACAGACCAGAGGAAGGUUGUAUGUCAGACAUCCAAAUUUGGUCAGGUAUUCAGGAGACCAGGAAGACAAAGAAUGGCUGGCCUCGAAGAAUCUAAUGCCUCCCAGCGGUGGAAAAGCAUACUUGAUGCUCCUCGAAGACAUCAAAGAGCUGACGGAGAGCGAGGAGUACAGACACAGCCCUAACCUCCAACUCCUGGAGUUGAAAGGAUUCGAAGUACCGCUGUUCCUCCUACUGAAGAUCAAAAACUUCAUCGAAUACGUACGGAACGAAAGAAAAUUACUCGCUCACGUGGAUUUGUAUGAGGAAAGCCAUUCGUCCACGCCUCCUUCUAAUAUGGCGUUCGAUUCGCCGCUGUCAAUCGAUAAUACUGGGGACAAUUGCUUCAAAACGGAUUUUUUCAACAUGUCCUCGGAUAUGAGCAAUAACAUGACCAGUUCCGUCAUUUCUAGUAUUCUAGCUGGCCAUUUGUCCGGCAUCAAUAGUAGUGAUAACUCUCAAGAUUUUUGA